UAUAAUGCAUAGAUUAAAACGCUGAAAGAUUCCAGAUAGAAAUAUUGGAUGAUGGCUGCCCUCACAGAGUUACCAACCGGUGGAUUUAAUUUUGACAAUUGCCAGAGAAAUUCAUUGCUUGAACAAAAAGGUAUUAAACCACCAACUGCUUAUAAGACAGGAACAACAAUCUGUGGUGUUAUUUAUAAGGAUGGUGUAGUACUAGGAGCAGAUACCAGAGCCACAGAAGAUACUGUUGUAGCUGACAAAAACUGCAGUAAAAUCCAUUACAUAUCACCAAAUAUAUAUUGUUGUGGAGCUGGAACUGCUGCUGAUACAGAAAUGACCACUAAUAUGAUUUCAUCUCAGCUUGAACUUCAUCGUCUUAAUACUAACAGAAUUCCUCGUGUGUGUACAGCCAAUCGUCUUCUCAAACAGAUGCUGUUUAGAUACCAUGGUCACAUCAGUGCUGCCCUGGUACUGGGAGGAGUUGACAGUACUGGACCACACUUAUACAGUGUAUACCCUCAUGGAUCUACAGACAAGUUACCCUAUGUUACAAUGGGUUCUGGAUCCCUUGCUGCUAUGGCUGUAUUUGAAGAUGGUUUUAAACCAAAUAUGGAGAAAGAAGAUGCAAUGAAGUUAGUAAGAAAUGCCAUUGCUGGUGGUAUCUUCAAUGAUUUAGGAUCUGGUAGCAAUAUUGACUUAUGUGUGAUCACUAAAGAUAAAGUAGAAUAUUUAAGACCUUAUGACGAAGCUAAUCUUAAAGGACAGAGACAAGGAGUAUAUAGAUACAAGAAAGGUACAACUGCAGUAUUGAAAACAACACAGAAGAAGCUGGAUUUUGAUGUUGUUAGAACAACUGUACGAGCUGAACCAAUGGAAACAUAAUAACAUUUAUUUCAAUUUAUUAUUUAAAAGUGCUGUCUGUUAUCAUCUUAGGAAUUGAACAUAUAUUUUGUGAUGAAUAAAAAUACAAUUCAUUUCAUUUUAAA